AUGGAUGCAUAUCCGCCCGCAUACGUCGUGCACAACCUCCCCUUCAUCGUGCUCUCGGGACUGGGCACGCAACCCGACCUCGAACCACGCCGCGCUUUCCACGAGCUCCUGCCCGGCCGCGCCGUCAGCGCCGUGACCUCUGACAUAGCCCAGCUUGCCAGCGACCGCGCGCAACAGCUGUUGGACGAGUUCCUGAGCUAUGACAACACACACACGCCAUGGGAGGCGCAUGGGCUGGACCGGAGGGACACCCUGGCCAAGUUCAGGAUGCGGGCAGUAGGGAGGAACUUUCAAUUGCCCCCCAAGAAGGCUGACGCGCCCACCACCUCGGAGACUUCCCCGCCAGGCAGUCCCACCAUAGCUGCUGCGACGUCGUGGAUCCUGCACUCGCCCAUCUCCCCGCUGUCACCACGCGCGCCCGUGUUUCCGGAUGGCGCCAUGACCCCAGUAUGGGUCGCCAAACACCAAGAUUACAUACCUUCCGUCUUUGUGUCAUUCUUCGAAUUCACCACCGACCCCAUCACCAACAGCCUCCACGACAACCACCUCAAGUCAGAGAUCAUCAAGGUCAAGGAGCAGAUACAGAGGUCGGGAUACAAAACCAGAUUUGCAGUAGUGCUGCUGAGCGACAAGUCUGUACUCGAAGCACCUGAUAUCGAUGAGCGCCUGAACAACAUACGCCGGAACACCGGAUUGGACCCCAAAACCCAGCUUUUCUUCCUUCCCCCCUCGUCGCUGGUCGAGCUUCGUUCCUUUGUCGCCAACGUCUUGACCACCUUGAAGCCAAUCAGCGUGGAGUACUACCGCGACCUCACAAAACGCGCAAGGCGGAAGAAAACUAGGAGCACCAUUCCGCCACCCACAGCGCCUCCCACCCGCGGCACAUCACAAGUACUGGGGUAUCCCGGCUGGGGUCUUCGGUAUGAGUUCAAGUUGGGUGUGUUUGCAGAGUUCCGACAAGAGAUGGAUGCGGCUCAACGACACUAUAACAUCGCGCUUGACAUACUGUUUGGGCCAGAGGGUAUAUUUGAGACCACUGCAAGCUGGUCGCCAAGAUGGGACGAAAUCCGCUUACUCGCCGAUACCAUAGCACUGAGGCAUGUCCGCUGCCAAAUCUCCAACAACUACCUCACCUCGGCCGCGCAAACCUGGCACAAGUACAAGACCAAGUUGAAAGACGUCCUUGAUAGACGCGGGAAAGGAACUUCAAACUACGGCUGGGAAGCAUGGGAGUCAACUUGGGCCCAGACAAUGGCUCAGCUCAUACAGCAAGCGGACCUGAGGGUCUUCAGGAUCACCGAUCCUCUACCAGAGUCAGAGCUCUUGCCCAGCGUAGAUAUGAACCCAGUCUACGCGCCGCCGGAAAAACAAUUCCCGACUGGGGAGCGUAUACCGCCCUGGGAACUCCUCCAUCACGCGGGCUACUGGUACAAAUCAGCUGCCGAACACGCAAAGAGGAGAUAUCUGCUAGCCAGAGAUAUGCCCGAAGAGGAUCGCACUCCUCCUGGCAUGUCACCCGCGACCAAGGUCUCGAACAGAAACCAAGUGUAUGAUCACUACCUCGUCCCUGAGCCUCAUUUGGAGUUCCCUCUUCAAGGCACUUCGGGAGGCUUCGAGCACUGGAAGGACAUCGUUGGAAAGCUCAAUGCUGCAAUAGAUGAGUUCAGAGCUCGACGCCAGGAACGAAAAGUUCACCAGCUGCAGCUCGAAGCUGCACGAACCCUGCUUCAUGUGAAAGAAUUCGACGAGGCCUUCAAAGUCUUACGACCAUUAUGGGAGAAUAUGGCAUGGCGGAAGGAAGGCUUUUGGAGCUUGGCCUCGGAGGUAGUUUGGGGUAUGCACGAAUGUGCCCUGCGUGUUCGGGACGUCGAAACAUAUAUAGCAACGGAGUGGGAACUCAACUCAUCUGUUCUCACAGGCAAAUCAAAGUACAAACAUGAUUUGAUGAACUGCCUCGCGCCGCUUCCUCGCGAUACUUCAGCUGGCAACACUGUUGUUAAUCUAGACACUGAGAACUACAUUUCAUGCUUAUCUUCGACCUUCACCUUUGAAAAGAACGAAGGCAACGUCGGCGAGCCGCUAACCGCUCAAAUUGCAAUCACGUCAUGGGCGAGACGAGGAUCCACACCUAUAACGCUGUCAAACGUCGCCUUUCAAUUUAAGGGAAGUCUUAGCGAAAUCCAACUAUCGCAUGUAGCAGGCGAAUCAGCCUCCAGCAGCGACUCGCGGCUCUUCGACUGCAGCCUUGAAGAACAGACCUCUUCCACCGAAAAACCACGAUGGGCAGGCAAUUCUGAUCUAACGUUCCAUCCGGGUCAAACAAAAGUAUUCAGUUUCCUGAUCACAUUCCGAGACUCAGGUGAAGUGGAAGUAAUGAGCUCCAAAUUCGACAUAGAAACAGAGCGCUUCGACCUCAUAGUAUCAACCAACGACCUGCCGUUCAACCUCUCGCCCAAAUGGUGGAUACCAUGGGGAAUAACCAUCAAACCACGGAAGCUGCAGACAGGCUCUGGGGCGACUGUGAAAGUGCUGCCCAAGCCUCCGAAGAUGGAGGUUCGCCUGCCCAAUGUGCGAGAGCAUUACUACACCGACGAGCCUGUCACCUUAGCCAUGGAAAUUUGGAACAGAGAAGAUGAGGACACCGAAGCUGUGCUCGAAGUCCGACUUCUCGGCCGCUCUAAAGAUUCCUUGGGCUACUCUUGGAUCCGCGACGUCGCGUCUCCUAUGAAAGAAGUCCCGCCGCCUAUUGACAACGACGACAUGGACCUCCCAGGGCACGUCGUCGGGCGCCUCGCCCAAGGCGAAAAGACCAUCGAAAAGAUCCGCUUUACGGCACCUUCCGACCCCGCCGACUACGCUCUCGAGGUCAAGGUCCUCUACCACCUACUCAGCGACCGCGACAUCCCCAUCUCCAAAAUCAUGAUCGCAGACAUCGUCUUCACAUCACCCUUUGAAACAAGCUACGAGCUCACGCCCCGCGUCCACCCCGAUCCCUGGCCGAGCUACUUCUCCCUCUCCUCCGCCCCCGGUGCCCCCUCCGACGCCUUCGGCAUAGCCCAGAAAUGGCAUCUCACCGCCAAAAUCGCCUCAUACGCAACCGAAAGCCUCGAACUCAAAGACCUCGCCGUAGAAACCCACGCCGUCCACGGCGGCGCCACGUGCUCCGUAACCCGCGACUUCGACUCCAUCCCCACCGCCGACGCCACCAUGCAUCCGCAAGCCCUGCACGCCCACAGCUUCACCAUCGACAUCCGCAAGACGAACCUCGAGGAGCGCCGCCCUACCGCCAUCGAUACCAGCCUGAACGUCCUCUGGCGCCGCGCAGGCCCACACGCAGACGCAGACGUAGACCCCGCUCCCACAGUUAUGACCACGAUCCCCAUCCCGCGCAUCCAGCUUCCCGGCGGUGAGCCCCGCGUCCUCGCGUCCGCCGCGCCGUCUCCCUCCAUCUCCUCCGCCAUCCACCUCACCUACACCCUCGAGAACCCCACUAUGCACUUCCUGACGUUUGAGCUAGCGAUGGAGGCGAGUGAGGAGUUUGGCUUCAGCGGCGCAAAGCUCAAGACGCUGCAGAUUUUGCCGAUGAGCAGGCAGGAGGUUAGUUAUGUGGUUGUGCCUGUGAAGAAGGAGGGAGCGGAGGGGGGUUGGUGGAUUACUCCAAAUUUGAGGGUCACGGAUCGGUACUUCAAUAAGACGUUGAAGGUGUUUGGGACGGAUGGGAUGAGGAUGGACAAAAAGGGGGUUGGGGUAUGGGUUCAAGCGGACGAGGCGGGAAAGGUAGUUGCGGCGUGAGAUGGUGAGAAGAUUGAAGUUGGGAAAGAGGGUUUCAGGUUGCAGUGGUAGCUUGGAUAGUGUGGUAGGGAGCAUAGGAGCUCUGAAGAGGUAGCAGCGCGCUGUGCGGCUCUGUGCUCAGUAUCUUUACUCUUCGUAGCCGCAUCAUAAUGCACCUACUCGAGAUUCC